AUGGCUAAAAUCGCAUCUAUCGUAUACUACCGUGUGAAGCCGCGAUGGCUGAUGGUCAAGGUUGUUGAUGAGAAUGGCCAACACGGAUGGGGCGAGGCAACGCUUGAAGGUCACGAUCUUGCUGUGGAAGGUUGCCUUGAUGAGAUGAUACCUCGAAUCAUUGGCCAGGAAGCAAAUGACAUCGAGAAUAUUUGGCAGACAUUCUGGCGCCAUGGUUUUUACCGUGGAGGGCCUGUCUUCAUGUCAGCCAUGUCAGGAAUUGAUAUUGCCUUGUGGGAUCUCAAAGGUCGCAAUCUGAAAGUCCCGAUUUACGAGCUUCUAGGUGGCAAGGUGAGGAACAAGGUGCAAGUGUACUGUUGGAUCGGAGGAGACCGGCCUUCAGACGUUGAAGCAGCUGCCAAAAAGCGUUUAGAACAAGGUCUGACAUGCGUAAAAAUGAACGCGACCGAAGACCUUGGAUGGAUUGACUCCCCAUCGGCCCUUGACAGCACUGUCGAACGAUUGAAGCAAGUAAAAGCACUCGGUCUUGAUGUCGGUCUGGACUUCCACGGACGCUGUCACAAAGCCAUGGCCAAGCAGCUUGCGAGAGCGCUCGAACCUCACAGACCAUUAUUCAUCGAAGAACCGAUUCUUUGUGAGCAUCCUGAGGCGAUCAAAAAGUUGUCAGACCAGACCGUUAUUCCUAUCGCAUUUGGCGAAAGGUUGUAUACCCGUUGGGACGUAAAGCGUUUCUUGGAAGACUCAAGUGUGGACAUUUUACAACCCGACAUUGCACAUGCAGGUGGUAUCUCAGAAACGAAGCGCAUAGCCAAUAUGGCGGAAGCAUACGAUGUUGCCAUCGCGCCGCAUUGUCCUCUUGGACCAGUCGCGUUCGCAGCUUCAGUCCAAGUUGCAUUGUCGACGCCCAACUUUGCUAUCCUCGAGAUGAGUUUGGGAAUGCACUACAACACUGAGGCAGGCGAUAUUGAUUUGCUUACCUACUUAAAGAACCCGAGCGUAUUUGACCUCGACAGUGGACAUAUCAGGGCGCCUACUGGCUAUGGACUUGGUAUUGAGAUUGAUGAGAAAAUGGUGAUACGAAUUGCAAAGGAGACUGAGCCUUGGCAGUGCAAGACGUUCCAUGGACCAGAUGGCGGAAUUCGUGAAUGGUAA